AAGAAGGCAGGACGAGCAGGAUGACGACCGCCAUUGACGGGGUCGAGAGGUUUGACAGCCCCGGCAAAGGGCGAGCUCUCCGCGUGACGAGAGCCUUUAAAGUCGGAGAGCUGCUCUUCUCCAGCCCGGCCUACACCUACGUGCUGUCUGCCCGAGAGAAAGGAGGAUACUGUGAGUUCUGCUUCAACAGGAAGGAGAACCUGGCAAGAUGUGGGAAGUGCAAGAAGGCUUACUACUGCAAUGUCAAAUGUCAGAAGGGGGACUGGGCCAUGCACAAGCUGGAGUGCUCUGCCAUGGUUGCUUUCGGGGAGAAAUGGUGCCCGUCAGAGACGUCCCGACUUGUGGCUCGAAUUCUCGCCAGGAAGAAAACACAGAAAGAACGAUGUUCGUCGGAGAAGAUUUUGCCGAUAGAAGAAAUGCAGUCACACGUAGAGGACGUAGACAACGAGAAAAGAGAGGAGAACCAGGCAGACGUGGCCAGGCUGCAUCAGUUCUACUCCAAAAAUCUGGACUUUCCCGACUCCAAAGAGCUGCUCUCGCUCUUCUCCCAGGUGUCCUGUAAUGGCUUCACCAUAGAAGAUGAUGAACUAUUCCACAUGGGCACCGCAGUCUACCCGGACCUGGCGCUAAUAAACCACAGCUGUCUCCCCAGUGUCAUCGUCACUUAUAACGGGACGCGGGCGGAGGUCCGAGCGGUGAAAGACAUGAAGCCCGGAGAUGAAGUCCUGAUCAGCUAUAUAGACCUUCUGUACCCGACUGACGACCGCAACAAGAGGCUGAGGGAGUCCUACUACUUCACCUGCGACUGUCAGGAGUGUAAGAGCAGGUCUAAAGACAAGGUGAAGCUGAAGGUGCGCAAGCAGAUCGAGGCCGAGGCUGUCAGCGCCAUGGUGCGCUAUGCCAGGAAGACCAUUCGGGAGUUCCGGGCCCUCAAAGACGUGAAAACCCCUAGCGAGCUGCUGGAGAUGUGCGAGCAGAGCCUGGACGAGAUGGGGGCCGUGUUCGACGACUCCAACGUCUACAUGCUGCACAUGAUGUACCAGGCCAUGGGCGUGUGCAUCUACAUGUCGGACACAGGGGGCGCUGUGAGAUACGGCGAGAAGCUCCUCAAACCCUUCAGCCAGUUGUAUCCCGCCUACUCUCUCAACGUGUCGUCCGUGUACCUGAAGCUGGCCAGACUCUACGUGGACCUGGACAGGCGCUCCAUGGGCAGGAGUGCACUGAAGAAGGCAAUGGCCAUCAUGGAAGUGGCCCACGGGAGAGAGCACCACUAUGUGCAAGUGCUGCACAAGCACAUGACACAACUGGGAUGAGCGUCUUUCAACACUUCCUCAGGUUUUUAUACUGAAAGAAUGUAAGCCAAUGAAGUAUUAUUUAGGGAUGUUUUUAACAUAACAUACCGUAU